AUUUCGUUUACGAUAACAAAAACAUUACACUUUCUUCUUUUUUACAACUCCACUCGACUCGCUCCGCGACUCACUGAUCUGAAUCGCCAUCUCCAAUCGCCGGGGGUUUCUUCUUCCAUGAAACCCAGAGAGACACACAACCCUAACCCUACUGCUCACCUGAGCCUUUCCUCUCCAUAAUCACCUCUUCCACUCCCAAAACUUUUUUGUCUUUUGAAUAUAUAUAGAUAGAUAGAUAUAUCGAUUCAUUGUUAGGGUUUUUGGGAGAUCGAGGAUUCGAUACGACUGACGCAGUUUGAAUAAGACUGUUAACUUAGGGUUUUCAAAUGGGGAGCAUUGAUCAGGUUGACGAUCGAACAUUUAGGUCUAAUUUCACGGGUGAUGGCGCUGAGAAGUUGAGGGACCGUGUUAUGGAUAAGCUUAAAGAGUUUAUGGGCGAUUACACUGAUGACACUCUCGUUGAAUAUGUAAUUGUCUUACUAAAGAAUGGGAGGCGCAAAGAAGAGGCAAAGAAUGAGUUGAAUGUAUUCUUGGGAGAUGACAGUGAUUCUUUUGUGUCUUGGUUGUGGGAUCAUUUGGCUUCGCAUAUUGAUUCAUAUGUAGAACCUGAGGAACCUUGUGUGAGUGAAUUGAUUAAGUCUAAACCAUUGUCAGUAGUAGAGAAAUCUGGAAUGAAUGAUUCCCAGCAUUUGGAUUCUGAAACUGAUAGAGGAAAAUCCAAUAAGGAAUCUAGAACAAGGCACAACAGGGAAUGGAAAGGCCUUGUUAGAAAUCCUGCCGAACCGCCUCCUCUUCGAAGCUCUGGAAUUGAAAAUCUUCAGUCAGAUGAAAAAUCUCAUCAUAGAAGUAGGCGUUCAAGGAAGACUUCUUCUCCACGACCUGCACGGCCUGCUCGACCUGCUGUUCAAAGGAAGAGGGAUCGAACUGAUGACAGACACAAUGCAAAGAGGGAAACAACUCAGAUGAAUGUUGAUGCUCCUCGACGACUGCUUCAAUUUGCAGUGCGUGAUAUUGUAUCAAUGUCUAGGCCCUCUAAUGCACCAACAGAGCCUUCAUUGAAGCGUCUCCGUUCUGUUGUGUCUACAUCCACCACUGAUUCAUCAGCAGUUGAUCGUCCUCGUCGUAUUCAGUCUGUUGCCAGAGUUGCAAAUCCUAUGUCAGCAGUUAUCAAAGCUGUGGCAGAAGCUGCUGAGGAUGUAUCAAGAUUUAAACCAUCUGGAAAUGUGUUUGACCGACUUGGCCGUGAAAUGGAUGUAUCAGGGUCUCACGACCAGUUUGUCUCAUAUGGAGAAACUACUUUUGAGGACACUGAAUUUGGAGCUGUCAAUGAAAUUCAGAAGCAAAAUCAUUCAACAUAUCUGGAAAGAAGUGAUCAGAGUGGGCAGUACAUUGGCAAUAUGACCAUGCUUGAAGAUGAGACCGGGUUGGCUUCUGAUUAUUUGUCUGAAAAUGAAGGGUAUGAUGAUGUCAAUGUAUUGGGUCGCAAUAUUAGAGAUGUUUCUCAAACUGGGACAUCUGGUGGAAACAAAGAUGAAGAGUCAAUGAUGGUUGAGUAUAGUGUAGCUAAGAAUGCUAAUGAUAGAAUGCGGUCGAUCAGGGAUAAAGUUCAGGGCCAAACCUCUGUGGCUUCAAAUACCUCACAAAAGAUUGUAAACAUUUCUGUGAAUGUCAAUACUUGGAAGCCUUCCCAUUAUCAGGAGCCAAGGGAAGUUGCUCAAGUGGGUGGCUGGAAAUCUGCGCAGGCAGGUGAUGUAGGAGCUUCAAUAUCUGGAAUGCGAAUAAUGAAAGAUAACAGAAACCCUGUCACAGUAAAUGGAAAUAUAAAACCUCCUACAGAAUCUCAUCAAGAGCAUCAGAAAACUCUGCCAUCUACUACUGGUUAUGCAACUGGUCGUCCCUUAGAAGAUGCAGAUUCUCGAACACUCUUUGUUAACAAUGUACAUUUUGGUGCUACCAAAGAUAGUCUUUCAAGGCACUUUAACAAGUUCGGUGAAGUACUAAAGGUUGUCAUAGUUACAGAUGCAGCAACAGGGCAACCAACAGGGUCAGCAUAUGUGGAGUUCAUGCGCAAGGAGGCAGCAGAUAAUGCAUUAUCCUUGGACGGAACCUCCUUCAUGUCACGGCUUCUCAAGGUUGUGAAGAGAGCUGCUGCUCAUCAAGAAACAACUCCUGUGAUGACAUGGCCACGAGCAUCACGGGGUGCUAUGUUUGCCACUGGCAGGUUUCCUAGAGUUGCCUAUCCAAGAGGGGGCCUUGGUUCAUUUCGUCCUCGUCCACUCAUUAAACCAGGUGCCAGAAGCAUGCAAUGGAAGCGAGAUGCUCAGCCUUCUCCAGCCGAGAGUGGGGCUCCGAUAUCAACCAACGCUGUUCCUUCUCCCACUGGGCGAAGUCUAACCUAUGUUAGAACUGAACAACCUAAACAAGAAGCCAACCCGGGUACUACUACCGCCACCUAGAAGGUCAUCGACCUGUCUUUACUAUAAGAAUUCAAAUUAUGAUCACCUUGAACCAAAAGUGAACAGGGAAGGGACCCAAAAUAAACCAAGAGAUUCACAAUAACGGACUAUAGUAUUUUUUGUACAUGGUUAACUCUUUUCCAAAUAUCAAUGGCGGCGAAGCAAGUAGAGAAAAUCACAGGAUAUGAAUGCGAUGAUGUGGGGGCAAAGGUUUUGCGUUUCGAUGCGUCUUUUCUUUCUGUUUCUGGGAUUAUUUUUUGUUUUGGUUAAGGGGAAUGGAAAUUGGAAUUGGGGGGGUUGAAUUUUGUGAAUUUGGGAAUAUAGUAAGAGAAGAAAAAGUAGUAGCUGUUUAGGUGUUCCUACCCUUGAGUUCUUUUAUAGACUGGCGGCAUUAAUUACAAACUGUGAAUAGCAGCAUGGAUAGAUGGAUGAAUGGUUUAUUUAUCGAACGAUGUUUUCACUACUUUGCUUUUGUAAUUUCACUUUCUCAUAUAGAAAAGUUAAAAAAAAAAGGAAAAGAUUCAUUGUAA